ACAUAACUCCAUUCAGAGCCUCCGAUUAGCUGGUUUUGUCAGUCACUUUUGGACGCUUUUCUCUCAUUUAUGUUCCCUGUAGAUGAACCAGAACCGAAAUGACUGUAAAAACACGUCCGAACAUGAUCUUUGGGGUGUUUUAAAACAUCGUGACACUGUACUGAAACAGUACACUGGAAGCACACUGUGAAAACGUGACAGGGGCACGGUUGUAUAACAAAUGAUUCUGACCAAUCAGAGGCCAGAGUUUUGUUCCUGCAUGUCGUUGUGGGUGGAGAUGUUGAUACACAGAGGACGAGCUGCAGUGUGGACCAGGUGCCCGAUAACAGCUUCUACACAUUGUUUGACGAGUUACUGUGUCAAAUCCGAGGAGGACCAACUCUAAUAAUCGAAAAAGGAGGAGAUAUUUUCGUGUUUCUAUUUUUGUGGAGCUAACGUAAGUGUUCCGUGGGCUUUACGCAGGUCUCGUGUGAUAUACCAACGACACCAAAUAGAGAAAUAUCAUCGUCUGAACUGCUUUUUGGACCUUAUUGUUCUCUAAUGCGCUGAUUUAUACUCUGAUUGCUGUUCGGGGAGAGAUUCCUGCUUUUUGUGUGUAUUUUCUGAAGUCACCUGGUGUCACACAUGUUGCCCCCGCUGCUCAGCUCACAUAACUCCGUGGAUGAAUUCAUGGAGCAAGGCUAGACUGGGAAGAACCAAAAACAUUACCCUACGAAUCCACUGAACAGAGCUGUAAAGGACUGGAACCUACUUCCCCCUCCUUCUAACAUCGCCUGGGACGAAGACACAAGGCAGCUGACAUGGUAGUCAACACGAUCCACUGGUUCAGGAAGGGACUGCGGCUGCACGACAAUCCGUCUCUGAGGGACUCCAUCCGGGGAGCGGAUACCCUGCGAUGCAUCUACAUUCUGGACCCCUGGUUUGCAGGGUCCUCCAACGUGGGCAUCAGCAGAUGGAGGUUUCUGUUGCAUUGUUUGGAGGACUUGGACGCCAGCCUACGCAAACUCAACUCCCGCCUGUUCGUCAUCAGAGGACAGCCCACAGACGUCUUCCCUCGCCUGUUUAAGGAGUGGAAGAUCUCACGUUUAUCUUACGAGUUUGACUCUGAGCCUUUUGGGAAGGAGCGUGACGCCGCCAUCCAAAAACUAGCCAGCGAGGCGGGGGUGGAGGUCAUGGUGCGGAUUUCACACACACUCUAUGAUCUGGUCAAGAUCAUUGAACUAAACGAUGGUCAGUCUCCCGUCACAUACAAGCGCUUCCAGGCUCUCAUCAACCGUAUGGACCCAGUGGAGCCUCCUGCAGAGACGAUCACACUGGACACAAUAAGAAAUUGUGCCACACCCAUCAGUCAUAACCACAAUGAUAAGUUUGGAGUGCCCACCCUGGAGGAGCUCGGUUUUGAGACGGAAGGCCUGAGCCCAGCUGUGUGGCAAGGUGGAGAAACAGAGGCUCUUAUACGGCUGGAGCGACACCUGGAGAAGAAGGCCUGGGUGUCACACUGUGAGCGUCCUCGUAUGAACCCCAGCUCUCUGUUGGCCAGUCCCUCUGAACUCAGCCCCUAUCUGCGCUUUGGAUGUCUCUCCUGUAGACACUUCUACUUCAAACUCACCGACCUGUACCACAAGGUGAAGGAGAGCAACUCUAUCCCUUUUUCCCCGUACGGUCAGCUGCUGUGUAGAGAGUUCUUCUACACAACUGCCACAAACAACCCCUGCUUUGACAAGAUGGAGGGAAACCCUGUGUGUGUUCAGAUCCCCUGGGACAGGAACCCAGAGGCCCUGGCCAAGUGGGCAGAGGGGCGGACGGGCUUCCCCUGGAUCGACGCCAUCAUGACUCAGCUGAGGCAGGAGGGAUGGAUACAUCACUUGGCGAGGCGUGCUGUGGCCUGCUUCCUAACCAGAGGGGACCUGUGGAUCAGCUGGGAGGAGGGCAUGAGGGUGUUCGAGGAGUUGCUCAUUGACGCUGACUGGAGUGGAAACGCCGGCAGCUGGAUGUGGCUCUCCUGCAGCGCGUUCUUCCAGCAGUUCUUCCAGUGCUGCUGUCCUGUGGGGUUUGGACGACGCACGGACCCCAAAGGGGACUACAUACGGCGUUAUCUGCCCGUAUUAAGAGGUUUUCCAGACAAAUACAUCUACGAUCCGUGGAAUGCUCCAGAGGAAGUUCAGAGGGCAGCUAAGUGCAUCAUCGGAGUCCAUUACCCCAAACCCAUGGUGAACCACGCAGAAGCCAGCCGCAUCAACAUCGAGAGGAUGAAACAGAUCUACCAGCAGCUCUCCUGCUACAGAGGACUAGGUCUUCUAGCCACAGUACCUGCUAUCUCCAGUGGCUGUGCAAACAACAGCAACAUCAGAGGACUCAAUGUGGGGAGCAGUCAGAACCUCCAUACACAAGAGGGGCUGUCUCGAUCAGAGAGAGGACACUUGGCACUGAAGCGAAGCCAUGAGGAGGUUCCCCCUGAGACCAGCUGUAAAACCAUGAGGCAUAGCAAAUGACGUGAACUAGACUCAGACGAAGGGUCCCUCAGACAGUCAAUCUGGACUGCAUUGUCUCCUGCAGGACCCUCAGAAUAUGCUCAGCAGUGACUGUAAACUAACACAUGUAACACAGAGGCUGGUGGGACUGGAUCCAGCUGCAACCAUCAGCUGUUUGCUUAAAAGGACAUAAUCAGAUAAGAUGAUUGAACGUCGGACUGGAUGGUCAGCUGCAUCUCCAGAUUAGACUCAUGAAGCAUCUCAGGAACAGAGGAAACACAGAUUCAGCAGAGGGAGGACCCUCUAACACCUGAGGGCUGGACCACCACCAUCUGAAGUCAGAGUUUGUAGUGUCAUGAAUCCAGCUCUCACCACCAUGGUAACUGACUCUGAACUCACAACCUGCACCAAGGUGUGAGCUAAACAUACCCAGGUAACCUUUCUGUCUCCAAUGACCCUGAGAUCACACGAAACAGUCACAUGAUGCUGGUUAUCAACUUCAUAAGUCCACCCAGAGUGUCUAUGAGCGGGCUCACACAAAAAGGGGCGGGGUCAACGGCAUCCAACCAAUCACAGACACAUUUAACUAAGUCAGUGCAAACAAUGAAAUUAAGAGAUAUGAAGUAACUCACACUCCAGACAAAAUCAGCACAGACAAAUUGACAGACACUGAGGUAGCCCCAAAUAGAGUAGACAUGUUUUAUUUGAGCAGGGCCUUGGUUAACAGACAGUUGAUAAGCAGCUCAUGAUUUUCGUUGCCUCAGACGGAGCUUUAGGUUUCGUCAUCUUAUGUUACAAAAGUAAAGUCAAACUCGUUCUGCCUCUGUGUUCAAAAAGCAAAAACAUUUCAUGUAUGAAGUCUUCACAUUGGGAUGUUGUGGUCCUCCUGUUGUCUUCCACUGUAAAAAAGAAAAAAAAAAAAGGAAUGAAAGCACUUAUUACAUUUUAUUAACGCCCUUUACUCCACAUCAGUGAGGUUGGAGAAUAAACUGAACUAAACAUUCUGACAGCUCUGGCCUCCUCUCCUUCAUGUGGAAGUGGAACCAACUGAUGGGAACACCAUCAGGAGGAGUUUUUUUGACCCCCUCCCCUUCUGUGGUGUAUGUAAAGCCCCCGUUCAAACGUAUUUGGUAUCUUUCCUCAUGAACGAGCCCCAAACUGUUUAUAUCAGAAUGUCACUCUGCCAGGAUGAACAUAAAGUGUAGGUCGAUGCUCAGAGAACUUAACGUGACUGUCAGGUUUGUAAUAAAGAAACCUUACAGAGAAUAAAGAUUUGUACAUAUUUAUUGUUUUUGAUUCUCAUCUUUUGUAUAUUUGAUCACAGGGUUUCUCAGCUCCUUUUUUGUAAAGAACAUAUUUACCAAACUCAAAAGACCUACUGUGAAUGCACUCGUUUUUUCCCCCAUGUGAUCGUCAGUCUGUUAUUUUUGUACAAACAAUGACCAAAUUCUAACUAUAUUAAAACUGAAAGAAAACACAAA